CAUAGAAAAAUUGGAGGGGUUGCAAGACUUUACAGAUAAGAUAGAAAAAGAAUAUUCAAGUUAUUGUUCUUAAAUUCAAUUUAAUAUUUAAAACCUUCAAGCAAAACCAUUCAAGCUAAGACCAUUUCCUUCUGAGGCAGUAUUUUACUGGCCUCUUAAAUCCAACUGAAUGAUGGAGAAUCACUGAGAACUGUUUCAGUGCAGCUAAACAUUAUUUUGAAUUGAGACAACUUUAUUUUAUAUAGAAGUAAACAUAUGGAAGUUUUGAAAUAUCGAAGCUGUCGUAUGCCCUUCCAAUUUUGGAGAGAUCUAUGUAAAAAAAAUGAUGCACAAAACACAUUCCAAUGUGAUGGAGCCUUUUAAAUGCUUUUUUUUUUUUUAUCUUGGGUCUGAAUAUUUUACUCUGCAGCAGCACAGCAUAGUCAGACAGUGUGGAAUAAAGCUACUUAUAUGGAAAUUAAAGUAAAAUUUGGUGUUUAGGAGUCACCACAUACAUAGAAAGUCACAUAAAAAUAGGCUUUGCUGCAUGGAAGCCCACUACCUCACUCACUACUGUAACACACUGUGAGUUUACAUUACAAUCCUUAGCUGAAGAUGUGCAUGUUGAGCACUUCAGCAGACAAACGCCGAGGUCCCCAGUAGAGCUGCUUCGGCAUACAGCAUGAUCGCCUGUGGAAGCGGUUAUGUGCUCCUUGUGUCUUCUGUUAGGGGCCUACAGAGGAGCUGGUGCCAGCUUCUUUACAGGACACCUGAGUCGUUAUGUUACAUAAGAAAAAUACACCUCAGUGGUAAAAACACUGCAGAGGACCAGUGACUUUCCAUGGGCUGUAAAGCAGACAGGUUAACUAGGCAGCAGAUUGAUCAUGUGGGACCAAACACAGAUGUUCGUUUUGGGCUCUUGUUUGGGGGGAAAACUGGUUCUUCAUUGGUUAUUCACAUGAAAUAUUAUUUAGGAGUCAUGGAGGGCAUUAAGAAAAAACUGAGAGGAAUGGCUACCAGUUUAUCACAGAAACGUGAGGCUUUUAGUCCCUUGGAGACCACAAUGAUGUUUUUGUACACCUACAACAGGCGUACUUGUGCUUAACUCCCUCGGUGAUGUAUUUACCAUUUCCUCUUGCUUUCUAACACGGGGCCAGAUCAAGUUCCAGACUUAUCACGUGAAGACAGCAGACACACAGGUGGGCUUCAUGCUGCUGAAAGCCAGAUGGGAUCAUGUUGAUGAUAAAAAAGGGUUAUUUCCCCCUAUAAAGUGUCUUUUUUCAAACUUUAAAUUCAGUUUUUGAAUACUUCUUCAGUACUGUGUAGUUCCAAACACAGCAAACUAAGAUGCUGGUUUUGCCAAAGCACCACUCUGCCUGCAGUAAAUACACCCUCACUGACCAUUAGCGGGGCAGUAAUGAUUUUAAGUCUCUGUAUUUAUUGGCACAUUGAUUUUGUCGAAAUUAUGGGAUUUGGUAGGAAGAAAGAAAAAGUCGCCACACCACAUCUCCAUUCCUCGCCAGACUGCCUCCUGUGCCAGACAUCCUGCCCAUCUGCAGUGGAGGCAGAAACAUACCAGCGGGUCUUCAGUUCUUCUGAAGAGCCAGCUUGCCCAAAUACUUUCUGAGUUUACUGUUUAUCACACAGUGGUUUAAUAGCAAAACUAUCAGUCGCAGAGGAAGUAAACAGCUUCACAACGGACAGCUGCUAGACAUAUAAAAAGAUGCUGAGACAUACCAACCGCCAGGACAUGAAAGAAUGAAAGAGUUCUUCCCAGGAGGAUCAAACUCUGUGCUUUUCCACUGAUACUGUGUGAUUGUUUAUCCCUCUCGGUGCACCUCACGCUACCAAGAGCAAAAAAAAAAAAGAAAAAAAAAAAGAAAAAAAGAGAAGAAACACAUGGAGCUGUGCAUAAACACUCCACACCCCCUGGCUGUUUCAUUCCCUGCCACGCUCCUUGUCCCCUCCCUCUCCCUGACACUUAACUGUAUAAAUAUCCUAGUGGCAUUGCUGGGAUUCAGACACUGACCUGCACUGACCGGGGACACUCAGGUGGGAAGAGCUUAGGAAAGAAAACCAGGGAGAAACAUUUAAACAGGAGAAGAGGAAGACAAACGACUGCAUCUCUGCUAAUUCCCCAAACUAGUCAGAUCCUCCAGAAUGUGGUUCAGAGCGUCCCUCCUCUGUUUGUCCUGCUUUGCUCUGUUCAGCCACAUCCAGGCCCAAGAUCGAGCCUCCCUCCACCGCUCCAAAGACUCGACCGGACGCUGCCAGUACACCUUCACGGUGGUUUCACCAGAAGAGUCCACUUGCCCCGGCAGCAGCACAAAACCAGAGAUAGAUGGAGUCCUGUCCCGGCUCACCCUGCUGGAAGCUUUGGUCAGCCGGGUGAUAGCAGGACAGGACGGAGGCACCAGUAGCGGGGUCGGGCCUAAAGACGAGGAGGGUCUCCAGGAGGCUUACUCCCAGGUUACAGAGGAAAGGAACCAGCUGCAGCAGGACAAGGAGCGUCUGAAUACGCAGGUUCAGGAUCUGCAAAGGAAGCUGGCGGAGCUGAGGCAGGAGGCAGAGAGCCUCAGGCAGAAUCCCUGCCAGCAGACACACACCUCAGGGGGAGCUCAGCAGGAAAACAGGCCUGCUAGUGAUCCUGCAUAUGAUUUGGGGAGUGGUGGAUAUCAGGAGAUGAAGGCUGAGGUGACGGAGGUUCCUGCAUCCCACCUCCUUCCUGAUGGCAAUCACAACUUCACAGGUUGUGGAGAGCUGCUGUCAGUGGCAGAGCCUGUGAUGCACAGAAAGGCUGAUGGCAUUACAGGGAAGUAUGGAGUCUGGCUGCAGGAUCCCGAGGCUCAGGGCCCUCAUUACACCAACAAGACUGUGUGGCGCCUCGAUGCAGUGGGUAAAGAUGUGCGUCAGCUCUUUGUAUACGAAGACAUGGAUCAGUUCACCAAAGGCUUCCCGAUGAAGGUCCUGGUUCUGCCAGAGCCUGUGGAGAGCACAGGAGCAACCCUGUACCAAGGCUCCUUCUACUACCAGCUCAGGCGCAGCCGUACGCUGAUCCGGUACGAUUUGGCCUCUGAGAGCGUGGCGUCACGCAUCGACCUGCCUAACGCCGGGUUCCGUGGCCAGCACCCGUACUCCUGGGGCGGCUACACCGACAUCGACCUGGCUGUGGACGAACAGGGCCUGUGGGCCAUCUACAGCACCAGCAAAGCAAAGGGCGCGAUUGUGAUUUCCCAGCUAGACCCCAAGAGCCUGGAGGUGAAGAAGAGCUGGGAGACCAACAUCAGGAAGAACACGGUGGCCAACGCUUUCAUGGUGUGUGGACGCUUGUACACGGUGGCCAGCUACACGGCACCCAACACCACCAUCAACUACGUGUUUGACACAGCGACCAGCGUGGGAAAAGCUGUGUCCGUGCCCUUCAAGAACAAGUACCGCUACAACAGCAUGGUGGACUACAACCACGCCCAGAGGAAGCUGUUCGCCUGGGACAACUACCACAUGGUCACCUAUGACGUCAGACUGGGCAGAGCCAGCAGCUGAAGAUGACUGCUGCUUACAGGACUGUGCUGAUGCAAGAACAAGAAAAAGAGAUGAAAUGCGUAAUUAUUUCAGUUGGUCAGAUUAUUGCAAGACUGUCAUAUCUGUGUGUUUUAGAACUACAAAAUCAUUUUUUUAAUUAAUAUUGUAAAUAAGAUAUGUGAUGACAAGAAAUAUUCAUAAAACAGAUUUGUGUUGCUGUAUGAUAAGAGUCCGUGCUGAUCUCAGUAAUUCUAAACUGUAACCAUGAUGCAAUGGCCGAAUAAUUUUUGUAAUCUGUUAAUAAAUGUUCGUGUUAUUUAAGUUCUCAAUAAAAUGUUGAAAAAGUAA